UGCUAUUGGUCUCACUAUCACUUUUACUUCUGACAAUAACUGCUUAUCUUAUAACGCCAAUACUUCAAGACCUACAUGGACUAGCUCUCUGCUGUUAUUGUUGUUGUCUUGUGCUUGCCUUCAUGAGUCUAGCCAUUGUCCAGCUCACGAGUACCUACAUGUCCUUUGAUGUCUGUUAUACUGCAGCACUCGUCAUUCAUUUCUCGUUAAUAGCAUGCUUUUUCUGGCUUAACGUAAUUUGCAUCGAGACAUACACGCUGGUGCACAGAUACACUAGAGGCAACAAUAUCAUGGUUUCUGAUUGUAACAAGAAGCGGGAAUUCUUCUACUAUUCGUUAUGGGCCUGGGGUUCUACAGCUUUUUUUGUUGUUGUGACUCUGUACAUGAAGUCAAACCCGAUAGUACCUGCUAUCUAUGUUAAGCAAUAUUUUGGAUAUAAAAGCUGCUGGUCUCACUCUGACAAAGGAGCCAAGCUAUUAUUCUACGUACCGUUAAGCUUGCUGAUUUGCAUGAAUCUGGUAUUAGUUGUACGAAUAGCAUUAGAAAUCAUAAAAUUCCAGCGAAAGAUAGAACUGCGCCAAUUCGCUAGUAAUAUCCAGUCAGUGCACAAAGAGCGUUGGUUGAAGCACAUUGUCUUCUUAUGCCUUGGUCUAUUUUCUCUUAUGGGCAUCAACUGGAUGAUUGAGCUUGCAUCGUGGUGGGUAGGUAGCAGUUGGCAUGCUUGUUCGGCGUUCGAUAUUAUUAAUGCGCUCCAGGGCACUGUCGUCUUUGGACUUUUUGUGAUACGAUCACCACUUCGAACAAUAAUCUGGUACAAUCUUGUACGCAGAUUUGAGGAUCAACGGGCAUUUCAAGAUUCAGAUGAACCUUAGAACACGACUAUUAAUGUCUUAGGGUCAUGGAUCUCACAGACACAUUAGCAAAGAAGUUUACUAGCUAACUUUACAGCCGCAAUCACCAUUGUUACCGUGAACUUAUACAGUGGAGAAUUUUUGUAAAGUGGACUUGGAGAAGUUUUUCCUGUACUUCACGUCCUUCUUGCCUACUUCUUAAAUCCUUUUACUUCCUUUUUAUUUUACAGGUACUACUAGGUAUAUGCUCACAUGUUUUUCCUAAAUAUAUUACCUAUAAAAUACAUUAUCU